AUGUCCUUAUUUAAAUUACUUGUUGUGAAUAGAACUUGGUGUAGAAUGGUUAUCCCAAUAUUGUGGAAAUAUCCAUUACAACGUCCAAGCAAAAGGUCUAGAAGAUUAAUAAUUCGGACAUACAUUUCAUGUCUUAACCAAAGAGAAAAAUCCCUGUUGAUCUCACAGGGUAUCUUAACGAUGGAAGAGGCGACUACACCGUUAUUUCCAUAUGCGAAAUAUUUAAAAAGCUUAUCACAAUUUGAUUUAUGGAUAUCGAUUCGAUGGUGGUUAGAACAGAAAGAAACCUAUAAAACUUCAAUAAUUCCAAAACUUAUUACAAAAUUUUUUAUAAAUAAUGAAAAAUAUUUAACAAAAUCUUUGCAAAUAGAAAAUUUGUUUGAACAUUUAUGGAACAUGAUUAUGAGAUGUAGUUUUAAUCUACAUUCGUUGGAAUUUACUUCAGCUCAUGAAAAUUUAGAGACUUCUAAUUUAUUAACAACAAUCUAUAAUAAUCCGGGAUUAACAUACUUGAAACAUUUGGUGAUUAGGAUUUCCGAAGAAAAUUUGAAAUUAAAAGAGUUAUUAAAGACGAUUCCAUUAAUUUGCAAACAUUUAAAUCAUUUAAGUGUUUCAAUUAACGAAUUAAUCGAAAAAGGAAUAAUAGUUGAUAUCAUUAAUUCUCAAACAAAUCUUAAAACACUUAAAUUAUGGGCUAGUAAUCACAUUUUAGAUGGAAUCAUGAAUGAUUGUUUAGUUCAACCGAAAUUAUCAAAUACAUUAACUUGUAUUAAUUUUAAUUCUAAUAAUUUUAAUGAGAUUUCUUCAUUAAAAGGAUUGGUUAAUUGUGUCAAUUUAAAAAAUUUAAUGUUUAACCAUUGUAAAGGUAUUGAAUUACAAAAUUUUGAUGAUUUAUCAACAUUCAAAUUACAACUUUUUUCAUUAAUUUUAUUAGAUAAUAGUUGGUCAAGUGAAAUUACAGCUAUGAUUAUAAAAACAUUCUGCAGUGACAAAUUAACAUUUCUGUCAUUUGACACCUUUUCUAGUGAUAUUAUUAAAGCAUUAAUUACCACAAAUUCUAUUAAUAUUACGCAUCUUAAAAUAUCAAAAUGUUUUAAUCAAGAAAUGAUAUUGUUCGAUUGGAUAAGUAAGUUAAUAGAUUUAAAGGAACUUAGAAUUUAUAUUUAUGAUAGCUACGGUAUAACUCAUGAUGAAAUUCUCAUAAUGUUGGGAAAAAAUUUACUACUUUGCAAUGAAUUAAAUGUGUUACAGUUACAUUUUGAUUUUACUUUAGAUGAUUAUUUGGAGAGCAUUAGAAAUUAUGUAUAUAGAAAAAAUGAUAAUUUAAAAUUGAUUAAUUUAUUAUAUUUGAGUAGCAUUUAUGUUGGUUGGGGUCAUGAUGAAUGGAAAAUUGUGAAAGAAAUUGAAGCUAAAGGUGUUAAAGUAACAAACUCUAAACAGAUUUAA